AUGGUGAAGAAAGUCUUGGUCGGAUAUGGCAUUGAUGUUGACGCCGUCAGCGGCUGGAUCAACACGCAGACGGGCCAAAAGGCGGACGUGACGAACAUCUCCCGCGGUGUCUUUGGUGCUACUGUAGGGACGGACCGAUUACUGAAGCUCUUCGAGAAAUACCACAUCAAGGCGACGUGGUUCAUCCCGGGCCAUUCGAUCGAGUCGUUCCCAACCCAGAUGGCCAAGGUACGAGAUGCUGGACACGAAAUCGGACUUCAUGGCUACACGCACGAAUUCAUCUCCCAGCUCUCGGCACAACAAGAGCGGGACGUCCUGCAGAAAUCCAUCCAGGUCAUCACGGACUUUACGGGUAAGAAACCUCGAGGCUUCACCGCACCCGCGUGGACUCCAUCGCCUAGCACGGUCAACCUAUUGGAGGAGCACGGAAUCGAGUAUGACCAUUCCUUCAUGCAUCACGACUCGCAGCUGUACUACCUGCCUUACCCACCGCAGCAGUGGAAGGAGACGGACUACAAGAACCUCUCGGCCAGCGACUGGAUGACUCCGAUGUCAUCACUGCGGCCGUCAUCGCUCGUUGAGAUCCCAGCAAACUGGCACGUCGACGAUUGGCCUGCGUUCCAGCCACAGCGAGGGCCGGGAUCUUCUGGCUUUAUUGACCCACACCAUAUUGAAAGGUUUUGGCAGGAGCAAUUCGACUUCUGCUACCGCGAGUACGAGCAUUUUGUGUUUCCAAUCAGCAUCCACCCGCAAGUCAGCGGGAAGCCCCAAAUCGUGCUCAUGCAUGAGCGCCUCAUUGAAUGGAUCAAUCAGCACGAAGGUGUUGAGUGGUGCACGUUUGAGGACAUGGCCAACAAGUUCAAAAAGGGCGAGAUACAAGGUGUCCAGGUCGAGGGAGGUGUUGACAUGUGA